CGCCCAACGACCAGCAGCUACCUCGUGACGUGGGUGGCUACUCUGUUGAAUUUGGCAACACCAGUUUGCUUCGGUCUUACUAGAUCACUGUGCAACAGGCUAACAAAUUAAGAAGCCCGGAAACAUCGACACAUGGACGGACUAGUGAUGAGUUCACCAAACAUGUUUGCAGACAUGACGAACAUACCAGAAUACUAUGCAGGCAAAAAUGUGCUGAUCACUGGAGCAACUGGCUUCAUGGGAAAGGUAAUGUUGGAGAAGCUGCUAAGGUCAUGCCCAGGAGUUAAUGCUGUCUAUGUAAUGGUCAGGUCAAAAGCUGGCCAGAGUCCUCAGGCCCGUAUUACUGACAUGAUCAGCAGCAAGUUGUUUCAUAGGUUACAGGAUGAACAGCCAUACUUUACAGAGAAGAUCAUUGCUGUGAGCAGUGACCUCACAAGGCCAGAAUUGGAUCUGAGUAAGGAGAAUCAGAGUUUACUGGCUGAAACCAUCAACAUUGUCUUCCACUGUGCCGCCACCAUCCGCUUUAAUGAGCCAUUGAAGGAUGCAAUGCAGUUGAAUGUCUUGGCCACUCAGAAGAUGCUCACUCUAGCCCAUAAGAUGAAACAGCUGGAAAUCUUCAUCCAUGUAUCCACAGCCUAUGCCAACUGUGAUCGGCAGCUCAUUGAGGAAAUGGUUUAUCCUCCCCCAGUGGAGUACGUCAAACUCAUUGAUGCACUGGAUUGGAUGGACGAUGAACUGGUGUCUGCACUUACGCCCAAACUGAUUGCUCAGCGACCCAACACUUAUACCUUCACAAAAGCAUUAGCUGAGUACCUGGUGAAGCAGGAGGCUGGGGACCUCAAUGUUGCUAUUGUUAGACCCUCCAUUGUUGGUGCCAGCUGGAAAGAACCUUUUCCCGGUUGGAUUGAUAAUUUCAAUGGACCCAGUGGAAUAUUCAUUGCAGCAGGUAAAGGGAUCCUACGUACUAUGAGAGCAUCUAAUGAUGCAGUAGCUGACCUGGUACCUGUAGAUGUAGUCAUCAAUGCCACGCUGGCUGCAGCCUGGUACUCUGGAUCACAAAAAAAUAACAGCCCCAAAUCCAUUCUGGUUUACAAUUGCACAACUGGUGGCAUCAAUCCAUUUCGCUGGGGAGAAGUCGAAUACCAUGUAAUAUCUACUUUCAAGAGGAACCCUCUCGAGCAGGCUUUCCGUCGGCCCAAUGUUAAUCUCACAUCCAAUCACCUAAUCAAUCAGUACUGGAUCGCUGUGAGCCACAAGGCUCCAGCCUUCUUGUAUGAUGUGUACCUCAGGCUGAUUGGACGAGAACCCAGGAUGAUGAAGACAAUCACUCGCCUUCAUAAAGCCAUGAUGGUGUUGGAAUAUUUUACUAGUCACUCCUGGGUGUGGAGUACAGACAACCUAACCAUGUUGAUGGCCCACAUGAGCCCUGAGGAUAAAAAGGUCUUUGCCCAGCCACUUCUUCCAACUUUUCUGGAGAGAUCCCGAGGCGUUCCCAAGCCAGCCAAGAAACAUAGUCUCUCCAGCGUGUCCUGGGUCGUCCCCGGGGUCUCUUUCUGGUGGGACAUGCCCGGAACACCUCACCAGGGAGGCGUUCGGGAGGUGUUUAAUUUUGACGUGCGUCAGCUGAACUGGGCAGAGUAUAUGGAAAAUUACUGCAUGGGCACUAAAAAAUAUGUCCUCAAUGAAGAGCUAUCGGGCCUGCCUGCUGCACGCAAGCACCUGAACAAGCUGAGGAAUAUCCGCUAUGCAUUCAACACCAUCCUAGUGGUGCUCAUCUGGCGCAUUUUCAUUGCCCGGUCUCAGAUGGCUAGAAACAUCUGGUACUUUGUAGUGAGCCUCUGCUUCAAGUUUCUCUCCUACUUCAGAGCCUCUUCCACUAUGAAAUAAUGGUCCGGAGUCCCAGUGGAGGGUGGCAAGAAAAUACUGGCUAUGGGUGUUCAAAGCAAUGUGCCAAUCUAUUUCAUUGGUUCUCGGUUCUCUGUCGCCCCUGGACACUAGAAACAACUGGAGCUAUCAAAACAGUUAUACAUACUCAAUAAAAAGAUUAAAUAUCAGUCGAGUCCAGAAUCCACAGCCUUAAUGAUGCUAACCUUUUUUUUAUAUUUUGAUCUCUAUUUCAUUCAAUUCACAUUGGAUAUUAGCCAGGCUUAUGCAAGAAUAUGACUCAAAUGUGCCUGAUUUUGCUGCGCUUUUCAUGUUUCUGAUUACUUGGCAGGCUCCCGACCAACAAAGAAGCACACUGCUGUUUUAAGUUAGUCCUACUACACUGUCUUUUGUUACUUGAAGCAUUGUGUUUGCCUUUCUACCGUGUGUGCACAGGUACUAUAUAUUUGCAGAUAAAUGUACACAUACAGUAUGUAUGCGGUAUAGAUACUGUUGCCAUGCAUAUUUAUGCAUGCAUAGCGUAUUCAGACCCCCUCAAUAUUUUCACUUUGCGAAAAAAAUGUUUUUCCCCUCAAAUGUCGAUAUCAUAAAAAUAGAAUAAAACUUAAUUGUUGACAUUUUUGCAGUUUUACUUAAAAAAAAAAAACAAAGAAAAAUGAAAUAUCACACAGCCAUAAGUAUUCAGACAUUUUGCUCAGUAUUUAGUAUAAGCCCCCUUUUAGGAUGCUACAGCCAUGAGGCCAUGAUUUUUUUGCACCUGGAUUUGGGGAUCCCCUCAGUUCUGUCAGGUUGGAUGGUGAACGUUGGUGGACAGCCAUUUUCAGAUCUCUCAAGAGUUGUUCAAUUGGAUUUAAGUCUGGGCUCCAGACUGGCCAUUGAAGAACCAAGUUCUUCUGAAUCUACUCCUUUAUUUUAUUCAAGUGUGCUUUGGGUCAUUAUGUUGUUGGAAGGUGAAUCGUCAACACAGUGUGAGGACUUGAGCACUCUGGAAAAGGUUUUUAUUCAGGAUAUCCUUGUACUUAGCUGCAUUGAUCUUUCCUUUGAUUUCAACCAGUCCGGUCCCUUCAGCUAGAAAUCCCCCCCCCCCUCCCCACUGCAGGAUGCUACUGUCAGGUUUGUGCAACCAAUGACAGUUGACAUAUGAUGUCAGAGAUUAUGUCAGCAAUGUGCCAGGUUCACACAACGUUGAUAUUUAAAGUACGAUAUUCAAGGAAGGAAGACAAGGAACUUUUACUCAUGAGGAGAACGUAGGGAAUGUGUACAGUCACAAUCUCCUGCCCGUUCUGCCAGUAUCCCUACAAACCCUCUCUUUAAUUUCCUCAGGGCGGUCUGCAACGUAAUAAACAAAGCAAAUGUAAGCAAACGUGACAAAUAAAUCGUGAGUCGAUAAACUACGCAAAUGUGAUAAACAAAGCAAACGUCAGUCUUGGCACAUCUACUGAAAAGUCUAGAGUGCAAAAUGUUCCUGACGAUUGUGGAGCGCAGAAUGUUCCAGCUGCACUUUUGUGAUGUCUUCUGUGUAUAAUGAUCCUUUUGAUGCAAUGUGGCUCUCUUUGUUGCAUCAUAUUGUUCAAGCAUAUUAAGUAUAGCAAAAGACCAAAUAUGAGAUAACUAUGUACAAUUAAUCCAACAUAUCCCUCCUGAUUAUUUGCUAAAGUUUUCAUAUCACAUAAAAGUGGUCACUUUGCAAGCUUUUUGACUGUAGGAUAAUAUUUAUGAUAGCAAACAUCAUUACACUCAGAGGGAAAAUGUUUGGUUUAUUCAUCGUUUUCACAAAAGAUAAAAGCCAGGAUCUGGAAAAAGGUUCAGGCAAGUUAGCUGACAGUCCGUAUAAGUGGGGUCGGUACUCCAUACUCCCGAGGGACACGGUUGAACACCUUCCCAAAGGCCACAAAACACAUAAACUGGGUCGGCAAACUUCCACUCACCCUCGAGGAUCUUGCUGAGGAUGUAGAGCUGGUCCACUGUUCCAGGGCCAGGGGUUGCCACCGCGACUGGCACCGGCCACCUUACGGCCACAGCUCCAGUCGGCCACCUCAGCAAUGGAGGCGCGGAACAUCGUCCACUCAGAAGCAAUUCUCCCGCCACCCCAGAACAUGAGCAAAGUUCUUUUGGGGGUGGAAGUUGCAAUUCUUUUUUAUAAGUGAUCUGCCAGUCAUUCCCAGCAAACCCUCACAAUACGUUUGGGCCUGUCAUAUUUGACCGGCAUCUUACCCCACCAUCGAAGCCAACUCGCCACCAAGUGGUGAUCAGUUGACAGCUCCGCCACUCUUUUCACCUGAGUGUCCAAGACAUGCAGCCGAAAGUCCGAUGACACGACCACAAAGUUGAUCAUCGAGCUGCGACCUAGAGUGUCUUGGUGCCAACUGCACACGUGGACAGCCUUUUGCCUGAACAUGGUGCUUGUUAUAGAAAAUUCGUGAUGACCACAGAAAUCCAGUAAUCGAACACUACUCGGGAUCUGGUGGGGGGGGGGGGGGGCAGUUCUUCCCAAUCAUGCCUUUCCAGGUCUCGUCAUUGCCCACCUGAGCAUUGAAGUCCCCCAGCAGAUUGAUGGAGUCCCCAGAGGGAGCACCCUCCAGCAUUCACUCUCAAGACUCCACAAAGGGUGUGUACUCUAAACAGCUGUUUGGUGCAUAGGAACAAACAACAGUCAGAACCCACACCACCACCACCCAAAGGCAGAGAGAGGCUACCCUCAUACACCAGGGUGAACCCCAACGUAGAGGCGCCGAGCUGGGGAGUUCCUAGGAUCAUUGGGACACACAAACCCCUCCACCACGAUAAGGUGACUGCUCAAUGCGGCAAGUCAAGUCAAGCAUGCUCUACAAAAAAUUUGAAUAAGAAUUGAAUCCAUAAGUUGUAUAAUGUUGUCUUGUCCUACAUUUACCUGUCCUACCAUUCCUCCUGUUGAUACAUGCGUUAGCCCAUAUAAAUUUGUUAUAUAAAACUAAUUCUAAAACACAAAUUAUAUUACUGUAUAAAUAACAUUCAUUACUUGGAGACUUCUGCUGUAGCUUUGAGAUGGGGAGUUGUUUUUGUGUGUGAGAGUGGGUACCAGAAAGUUUAAAAUAUGUCAAUGGUACAGCAUUUAUCCCUUGCAUACCUGAGACCAAAAUUACAACAGUAUAAGUCUCUGGUCAAAUCUUUAUUUACAUACUGUACAACCUUGUGCACAUGAGUACGGAUUUCAUUAAAGUUAGUCUUCUGCUGGAAGUGCUAACAGGGUUUUAUUUUUGAGAAGAACAUUGUGAUGGGGAGUUAUUUGUUUUUUCUUCUGCUCUAAAAUUCUCCUUUACAACGACGUAACCCCAUCAACACGAUUGCCAAACUCGACAGCUUGUACCAUGUUAUCAAUCUCGUGUAAAUUGUUGCAUUGGCCUUGCCAUGUUGCACAAUUGUUACAGGUUCUCCAGGGGAAGGCUACACUUUUCACUUUACUCUUUGUCUUCGUCUUCUUCCUCACUUGUAGACUUUGUCAGGUCAAGAAGCCCGUUAUCAGUCAGUGGGUAUGAGUGCCAAUUGAAAAGGGCAUAGACAUCUUGCUCUGUCAUUUCAACAAAUCCUUCAUCUCUAAUGUUGCAAUCCAGCUUCACCACCUCCUCCACUGCUGAGUGAUGAACUUCAUCAAGAGUAAAGUCAGGAUAGUCGUGCACCACUUUUGGCCAUAAUUUCUUUCAUCUUGAACUUAUCGUCUCCCUUUUCAUGUGCUUUAUAAUGCCUGCUAGAUAUUACAUAAACGUCCCAAAGUUGUGACGACCCGAGUAGUCUUUCACACUGAAUUCAUAAUGUGUCGUCGUCAACUGCUGAGAUGAGGCCCUCCAUCGUGGAGCAAUUAUAGCGUACCUUAAAGGUGUGAAAGACACCGAGAUCCAUAAGAUGAAUGAGGGAUGUGGUGUGCGGAGGAAGAAACUACCUGCACCCCGUCAUACUGAAGGUCCGUUCAUGGCGUCCUGCACAGUCUAUCCGGGGGAGGCCCUUUCCAGACAGAUAUGCUUCACCUGGGGAAUGAAGCAAUGGACGAACCAUGACGGGCGCCAUCGUUAUCUGCGAAGGAAGCCUCACUAUACGGUGGCACGCUUUUUAAGAUGUAACGUUUCUGAAAUUUUUCAAACCAACCUUUGCUUUCCGAAAAGCCUGGUCCCCGAGGGGGGUAAUCUGUCCAUACAGUGCUCAUGCUGACUUUUUGUCAGCACUUUCUUCUGCUUCUUCAUCAGUGUUCCUGUGCGGGAUUUGUUCGUCAAGGAAUUUUGCUUUGGACUUGAUCAUGUUUGUGUCCAAACUCACCACUUUUUAUCUGCAACCUACAAUCCAAAGAGCUAACGCGGCUUUCUUCCCUACGUUCCUCUUAUUUUGCGGAGUUACCAUAUGUUUCGCUUCCUUGUUGAAGGUUAUUGACGUGGUUUUACGGAUAUUUCCUUCAUCCUUCUUUAUGCAGAGCACCAUCGAGCCAUAAUGGUGCGCCACAGAACCAGAGCUUCUGCUGUCUUUCAGCAUAUCCAGUAGAUUUACUUUUCCAAUUGUCAUCUUCCUCUUCUGCUUGGUUUGGAAGAAGCGUUCUCAUCGGCAAAGCACUUUGGUGGCAUUGUGAACUACAUAGAGACAUUAUCGUGCACACACUCAACAGCGCAGAAAAUUGCAAAUGGGAAUGACAAGGGAGAGGGGGGAAUGGAAGCUGCUGGGUGGGGCUUUGAUGACGCCCAGCCAAUCAGCUCAUGAGAUAACUCCACACAUGCUCUCAUUGGUCGAUUUAGGGUUAGGUUAGGUUAGGUUAGGUUAGGUUAGGUUAGGUUAGGUUAGGUUAGCCUUACCCUACACCAAUACGAACCCUCUCUUUUAUUUCCUUAGGGAGGUGUGCAACAAAAAACAAAGCAAAAGUGAUAAACCAAAUGUAAGCAGACGUGAUAAACAAAGCAAACGUGAGUCUUGGCACGUCUUCUACAGAUGUGUAGACUGGAGAAUGAUCCUGACAAGUGUGGAGCGCAGAAUGUUCCAGCUGCACCUUUGUGAUGUCUUCUCUGUCUCACGCUGCUUCACAUGCAACGUGUCUUUCUUUAUGGCAUCAUAUUGUUCAAGCAUAUUUAGCACAGCACAAGAGCAAACAUGUGAACUUUAUGUACAAUUAAUCCAACAGCUAUCAACCAUCACCAUCCUUCACUGUUGUGACUGUAUUUAGUUGAGUUGGGACUGAUAAGUGUUGCCUAUUUUUUCCCCCACACAUGCUACCUAAAAUUAAGACCAACAAUUUCUAUCUUGGUCUCAUCAGAAGAGAGACUUAUUUCUCAUCUUGGAGUCCUUCCAGGUGGUUUUUUUUUAUGUUUUAAUCAAACUCUGUGUGGGGUUUCAUGUGUCUUGCAAUGAGGUGAGCUUUCUCUUGGGCCACUCUGCCAUAAAAGCCCUGACUGGUGGAGGGCUGCGGUGGUGGUUGACUUUCUAGAACUUCCUCCCAUCUCCCGACUGCAUCCCUGGAGCUCAGCCACAGCCUCUCCAAUUGCUCUGUUUGGUCAAAUGGCCAGCUCUUGUGAGGGAUCUGUUCUGGUUUGGUCUGGUCCGACCUCAUGAUUCUCAUUUGCUCUGGCAUGCACUGUGACAUGUAAUUCUUAAUAAAGAGAGGUUUGUGGUAUUUUCAAAUCAAACAUCUGGACUUCAUUGAAGAUGUAGAAAAAUCUCAAGGAUAAUCAGAAAAAAUGGACAGCACCCAGCUUAAAUAAGUCCCAUAGCGCAAACUGAAUACUUGUGGCUGUGAUAUUUUUGUCAGUACGGGGUGCUAUGUGUGUAUUGAGGAAAAGAAUGAACUGAAAUGUUUCUCGUUUAACGGUGUUGGAAUAGUUUUCAUACCCACUGUACAUACCGUGUGUGUGUGUGUGUGUGUGUGUGUGUGUACAUAUAGAGAUAUUGAUUUGAGAUGGCUUAACAGUUGGUUCACAAAUCCAGAAAAUGUAUACCUGUUGGCAAGGUAACUGCAAUUCCAAAUUUAAGUGUGAUUUACUGAAUCCAAUCAUUUUGAGAGAACUUGUUUGGUUAGGGUAACCCCCCCCACCAGUUCCUCCAAUGAACAUCAUAGAAUUAAAGCCAUGUGAUUGAUAGUAAUCAUAACUCUACAUUUGUUUACAUUAUAUCUCUUAUAUGGGUUGCUUCAAACAAUUGUUUCCACUUUGAUAGCUUUUUGGCUAAUGGCCAGCCCCUCAGCUAAUUACUGCUAGUCGCAAUGCAAGUUUGAUCAGAUACAAUGUACAGUGGUUACUAGUGCCUAUUGCUUGCUAACCAAGCUAUUUUUCUGUUGGUAAUUAGUGACAAUUUAAAAUAUUUUUAAAAUAAUUAUUAAUUCAAACGAGUGUGUGAGCUUUUUGUGGAUGUUUUCAAAGCGCAAAACUCCUUUUUAAUUACGCGAAGGAUGUUUGCCGCUGUAAGGACACUGUACCACCAAACCUUUGUAGAUCACCUCCUUUCUUGAAUGGUUGACAGUUAAGAACUAUGUCUGUACGUCUUUGUGCAUGUCGUAUUUUCCAAUGAACACUCAAAUGUUUGAAGAAUCUGGGUGUGACCUUGCAGAUGUUUGCUCAUGUUUGUACUUGUCUACAGCUUAGGCACCAAGUUUCAUACAUGUUGAUGUGUUGUCCUAUGAAUUUCUUGGAGUAAAAAAAAAAAGGGAUUUGUUUUCAUUUGUUUCUUCUACACUGUUGCUUUUAGUGCCUAAACAUUUGCAAAUAUGUGAAAAUAGAAGAGUGCUAUUUUUGAACUAUUUUGUGACUUUCUCUAUUAAACUGUAGGUAGAUUUUAAACUAAGCUGUAUUUAUCUAAUUGUAUUGUGUUGGUCUUUAACCUACCCAAAGCUUGUUAAGUCAAUACCAUCUGCUUAAAAUAAUUUAGCAUAGAAAACAUGAAAGGUUUUGCAUUUCUGGUUCAUGUUGACUUUUGUUUGAAUGUUAGCCUGUAUUUACUUGUUUUUAUUCAUGUAGCUUAGUAAAAUGGCCUGUCAGGUUCAACCAGUCUGGAAAUACUGUACGUUAUUUUAAAUCAAGUCAAAUUUAACUAUGUAAUCUGGGCAUACCUGUUCAUGUGAAAAAUGUAAGUCGGCCAGUUUUGUUCUUUUGUGUGUGCGUCUGCCUGUGUGUGUCAGAGAAUGAGAGAGAGAGAGAGAGAGAGGGAGAAAUAAUUUGCAUUUCAACCCCAGAUUUUUUUGGUUUUUUUGGUAUUUUACUUGGAGUAAACCAAAGCAUCAUCGUAAUUUAGAAACUAAUCAGGCAUAUGUUCUGAUCCAAAUCUGAGAAAGUCAUGCUAUAGGUCUAAAAAUUAAGAGCAAUGGUCCAGCCAUCUUAUUUCUUGUAAACUGUAUUGCUCAAAUUCCAAGAAAUAGAGUCCCAUUGAUAUCUAAAUUCAUAAAUUGCCAAAUCAAUUUUGGUUUGGGAGUAUACGGCCACAUAUAUAUUAAAUUGAUUUGUCAAAUGUUGAUGAAUUCUGUCUAGUCCAUAGACUGCACUCAGUGUUGUCUUAUUUGGAUCUGAAUUGUUCAUUCACAAAUGUAUGGACCUUUUAACACAAUGUCUUUUGAAUAAUGAACUCCCUGACAACCUAUUUAUCUGCUGGCUAAACAAUAUGCCAAAAGCCAGUCGGUUUUUCAGACUGUUUCACGUACUUAUCCUCUCUUCAAUAUUUGUCUGGUGAAUCAAACUGAUACAAUAUGCGGGGUUUGGUUUUUUUGACACAAUUUUGGUUUGGGAGUAUACGGCCACAUAUAUAUUAAAUUGAUUUGUCAAAUGUUGAUGAAUUCUGUCUAGUCCAUAGACUGCACUCAGUGUUGUCUUAUUUGGAUCUGAAUUGUUCAUUCACAAAUGUAUGGACCUUUUAACACAAUGUCUUUUGAAUAAUGAACUCCCUGACAACCUAUUUAUCUGCUGGCUAAACAAUAUGCCAAAAGCCAGUGGGUUUUUCAGACUGUUUCACGUACUUAUCCUCUCUUCAAUAUUUGUCUGGUGAAUCAAACUGAUACAAUAUGCGGGGUUUGGUUUUUUUUGACAUUCCUACUCCGACUGUUAUGGAAAACAAAUGUAUAUGCUGUUAAUAUGGUGUUUAUUUAUUGAGCAGAAACUGGUGACUUGCUUCAUAUUUCAUACAAUGUCCUCUUUGUUGCGACCUGACUGACCUAAGUCAGUCACAGCUCCUCUGUGUAUUCACUUAAGAAUUAAUCAACUGGUACCUAUUCCUCACUCCCCCCCCCCAAAAAAAAUAAAGUUUG